AUGACGUGCGGAUCAGGAUUCUGUGGCCAGUCCUUCAGCUGCGCCUCCGCCUGCGGGCCCCGGCCCGGCCGCUGCUGCAUCACCGCCGCCCCCUACCGCGGGGUCUCCUGCUACCGCGGCCUCACAGGGGGCUUUGGCAGCCAAAGCGUCUGCGGAGCCUUCCGCUCUGGCUCCUGCGGACGCAGCUUCGGAUACCGCUCAGGCGGCGUGUGCGGGCCCAGCCCGCCCUGCAUCACCACCGUGUCCGUCAAUGAGAGCCUCCUCACUCCCCUCAACCUGGAGAUCGACCCCAACGCGCAGUGUGUCAAGCAUGAGGAGAAGGAGCAGAUCAAGUGUCUCAACAGCAGGUUCGCUGCCUUCAUUGACAAGGUGCGCUUCCUGGAGCAGCAGAACAAGCUGCUGGAGACCAAGUGGCAGUACUACCAGAACCGCAAGUGCUGCGAGAGCAACCUGGAGCCUCUGUUUGAGGGCUACGUCGAGACGCUGAGGCGGGAGGCUGAGUGUGUGGAGGCCGACAGCGGGAGGCUGGCCUCAGAGCUCAACCACGUGCAGGAGGUGAUGGAGGGCUACAAGAAGAAGUAUGAGGAGGAAGUUUCUCUGAGAGCAACAGCUGAGAAUGAGUUUGUGGCUCUGAAGAAGGAUGUGGACUGCGCCUACCUCCGCAAGUCCGACCUGGAGGCCAAUGCAGAGGCCCUGACCGAGGAGAUUGACUUCCUGAGGCGGCUGUAUGAGGAGGAGAUCCGUGUCCUCCACGCCCACAUCUCAGACACCUCCGUCGUUGUCAAGAUGGACAACAGCCGGGACCUGAACAUGGACUGCGUCAUUGCCGAGAUCAAGGCUCAGUAUGACGACAUUGCCAGCCGCAGCCGGGCCGAGGCCGAGUCCUGGUACCGCAGCAAGUGCGAGGAGAUGAAGGCCACGGUGAUCCGUCACGGGGAGACCCUGCGCCGCACCAAGGAGGAGAUCAACGAGCUGAACCGCAUGAUCCAGAGGCUGACCGCCGAGGUGGAGAACGCCAAGUGCCAGAACACCAAGCUGGAGGUGGCAGUGAAGCAGGCUGAGGAGCAGGGCGAGACGGCCGUCAGCGAUGCCCGCUGCAAGCUGGCCGAGCUGGAGGCCGCCCUGCAGAAGGCCAAGCAGGACAUGGCCUGCCUGCUCAAGGAGUACCAGGAGGUGAUGAACUCCAAGCUGGGCCUGGACAUCGAGAUCGCCACCUACAGGCGCCUGCUGGAGGGCGAGGAGCAGAGGCUGUGUGAAGGCGUUGGGGCCGUGAAUGUUUGUGUCAGCAGCUCCCGGGGUGGAGUCGUCUGUGGGGACCUCUGUGUGUCGGGCUCUAGGCCCGUGACAGGCAGCGCCUGCAACGCCCCCUGCAGCGGGAACCUGGCAGUGAGCACCGGGAUGUGCGCCCCCUGUGCCCCCUGCGCGCCCUGCGGCCCCUGCAAUUCCAUCACAUCGUGUGGACUGGGCACUGGGGGAGUGGGCUCCUGCGGCAUCAGCUCCUGCGGCGUAGGCUCCUGUGUCAGCAGCUGCCGCAAGUGCUAG